AUGUAUCCCCCACGGUCUAUUUGGCUCUCCCUUUUGGCGUUGUAUUCGUUCUGGACUUCACUGGCACACGCGCUGUCUGGACAAGAACCUCUCAAGUCGGCACAGACGGAUGGGUACAAAUUGGGAGAGAAGAUACCUGUGUCGUGUCUGAACAGGUCAAUAGAAACAGGAGAACAUAUUACAGACCUCGCAUCCGGGCAAUUGCAAUACAUCCCCUUCCCAGUAUGCAAUGAGACGGGCAGACCUCUGGAGCUGUUUUUUGGUGUUGAGAAAGAAAUCAAUUGCACGAUCGACUUCAUAUCCGAUUCCUUCUUCCAUCUCCUCGAAUUCUACAUUCACAACGAUGCGCCCCUGACCUGCCGUAUCCCCUCCCGACCCCUACCUCCCUCCCCUAUCGAGGACGAAUACAAAGUCUCGGAUACAGAGUCGCAAGAAGGUGCUCUCGGCACGCAAUCCACACUCUACACGCCUAUGGUGAUAGCCCUCUCCGGCACCCUCCAACUCUCCCACAUCCACGUCGGAAACUACCUAAACCUUCUCGUGCACGCGAUGCCGAAGAGCGUAUCCCCCGGCACUAUCGACGCCGCCGCAGCGUAUUCGGUGAGCAGCCACUCGCGCAACACCAAGAUCACCAUCGGAGACACCCUGCCGCUUCAGUUCUCAGUGCGGUGGUAUCCCAGCACGACGCUGCCGCCCGGCUGGACGGGCUACGGAGGCCAUGUGUACAAGAGUACGUUUCUGUACUGCAUACUCAGCGCCGGGGCCAGUGCGGCUAUCUGCAUCGCGUACUUCAGGGGCGUGGAGCUGCCGAGGAGAUUGAAGAGAUAUGCGCGCGAUAAGGUCCCUGGUGGUGGGAGAUUUGGUGGAGGUGGCGGGUACGGGCUGCCUACUGUGUCUAAUGGAGGAGGUGGCGGCGGAUAUGGGUUCAAUGGGUACUCGUAUGGGGUUGGAAAACGGGAUUGA